AUGGAUCGGUUGAUUGGUGGGAGUCAAUGUGACGUUGGGUUUGACUCGAUAUUGUUUUGCUUUGAAGGCUUCAACACGGACGCAUUUUGGGGAUACUUUACAUACCCCGAUGAUGAGAGCGAAAUACCGUUCCGUCUCUACGAAGGCUGCCACACAAAUCACAUCUGCUUCCCUGAAGGCUGGUUCUGGGUCAUCUGGAUCCUCUCAUGGCAGGGCAACCCCACCGCCAGGCUGAUGGACAUGUUGACGUAUCUUCUCGACUGCGCCGAUGCCGGAGUGCCAGGUGACCAGAUUCCAAGCACUGCCAAGGUGACCAAGAUGUUUGGGCUCAAGUACCCCGAGGACCUGUCCUCGUACGGCUCCACCGAGGCUGAGCAAAAGUUUUACUACUUUGGCUGGGUCGCCAUCGGUGACGCCUGCGGCUUCACAAACCCGCUGCUGUCGCCGGGCAUCAACGUCAACAUGUCGAUGUCGACAUACGCCGCCGAGCUCACGCACACAGCAUUGAAUGCUGCGCGCGAGGCCAGCGACUCCUCGGCGGCAGAGCAGUCGAUUAGCCAGACGUUUGCGCCCUAG